UUUGGCGCGUUUAGGAUCGUUCUGCGUGUGCCGGUGUGCCUCGCCGUGUAGGGGACAUCAUUUUUUGCUUGUGGCGCUCGUGAGCAAGGGUGGUGCCUGAAGUGCAAGGAUCAAUCAUUGUGCAUCGUAAAGAAAGAAUUAGUGCAAAUGUAAACGCAAGGAAGACAAAGUUGUUUUUGUGAACAAUUCAACACUGCCAUAUUAGGUGUAAAACGUGCUUAGAACAGUGAAUAUAGUGACCACACAACGCAGUGCGUAGCUUUUUGUAUGGAUUAAUUGUAGCUGCUUGAAGAUCAAAGAAUCGCUGUAGAACAAUCUUCCCGCUCCUACUUGAAUGGUGUGCAUUGCCGUGUGCUCGAAAAUGAAGAGCGCCACCAUAUUGCUUGGUGUGCUGCUGGCCGUCGGUACGGCCCGAGCGGACAUUUCCACGCUGCUGCGCGGUGGCUACUCAAACAACAACAUCCUGCAGGACGAUGGCUAUCACUACGACAAGCCGAAGGUUCCGUUCGAGGAGCCAACGACGCCCCGCAAGUGUGCGGUAAGCGACCAGAAUCCGGACGGCAGCUGCGGCUACGAUUAUCCCAAGCCGGAUCAAUCGUUCACACUGCCGAACGAGUAUCUGCCACCAACGACAACGACAACGCGCAGGACGACAACAACCACGCGGCCUACUACAACGACAACGCGCCGAACGACAACCACGACGCGUCCCACGACGACGACAACGCGCCGAACGACAACGACCACACGGCCUACUACAACGACCACCACUACCCGUCGUACUACUCCGGCGCAGGAAUAUCUCCCGCCGAGCACCACUACACGUCGAACGACGACCACUACCCGGCCCACGACGACGACUACGCGUCGCACAACGACGACCACGAGGCCUACGACGACGCCCAGGAUUGUGACGACCACCAAGUGUCCACCGUCGGCACAGAAUCCUGACGGUAGCUGUGGCUACGAUUAUCCGAAGCCGGAUACAUCGUUCACCGUUCCGAAUCGUGUGCCAACCACCACGACCACCCGGCGUCCUACAACCACUACAACGCGUAGAACAACGACCACAACCACACGUCCACCGACUACGACCACGCGACGUACGACAACGCCACGCAUCGUAACGACCACCAGCAAGUGUCCCCCGUCGGCCCAGAAUCCGGACGGAAGCUGUGGCUACGACUACCCGAAGCCGGAUCAGUCGUUCACCCUGCCGAAUCGUGUCCCAACGACCACAACUACGCGACGACCAACGACAACGACCCGUAGGACGACAACCACCACAAGGCCAACAACGACGACCACGCGCCGCACAACCACCACGACGCGGCCGACAACCAGAACCACUCAGCGCAUUGUAACGACGACCAAGUGUCCCGUUUCGCAGCAGAAUCCGGAUGGAAGCUGUGGCUACGAUUACCCGAAGCCCGAUCAAUCAUUCACGCUGCCAAAUCGGGUGCCGACUACAACACCACCCCGCCCGACGACGACGACCACCCGCCGUACGACAACCACGCGCAGAACGACGCCAGCGCAGGAAUAUCUUCCACCGACGACGACAACGAGGCGUACAACGACGCGGCCAACAACUACGACGACCCGGCGUACCACGACCACCACUCGUCCAACGACGACGACGACUCGCCGUACAACGACGCCCAGGAUUGUGACGACCACGAAGUGUCCACCGUCGGCUCAGAAUCCUGAUGGCAGCUGUGGUUAUGACUAUCCCAAGCCGUACCCAUCGUUCACCGUUCCGAAUCGUGUGUCGACGACCACCACGCGCAGGACAACGCCACGACAGGAGUAUCUUCCACCAACGACAACAACGCGACGUACAACGACCACCACUCGCCCUACGACGACGACCACUCGUCGCACUACAACCACAACGCGGCCAACAACUACCACUACGCGACGAACCACAACGCCGCGCAUUGUAACGACGACCAAGUGUCCACCGUCGGCCCAAAAUCCGGACGGAAGCUGUGGCUAUGAUUAUCCGAAACCGGAUCAAUCGUUUACGCUGCCUAACCGAGUGUCCACCACCACCACAACGCGUCGGCCAACGACGACGACAACGCGUCGCCCAACUACCACAACGCGUAGGACAACACCGGCACAGGAAUAUCUGCCGCCGACAACGACCACACGUCGCACAACGACACGGCCAACGACAACGACCACGCGGCGCACCACGACCACAACACGCCCAACAACUACGACAACGCGUAGAACGACAACGACCACACGGCCAACGACUAGAACCACUCAGCGCAUUGUAACGACGACCAAGUGUCCCGUUUCGGAGCGAAAUCCUGACGGAAGCUGUGGCUACGAUUAUCCGAAGCCUGAUCAGUCGUUCACCCUGCCAAACCGGGUCCCAACGACCACAACACCCAGACCAACCACUACAACACGUCGUACCACAACGACAACGCGAAGGACUACGCCCGCCCAGGAAUAUCUUCCACCGACAACAACAACGCGUCGUACGACGACCACAACCAGACCUACAACGACCACCAGGCGCACGACUACAACCACUCGGCCCACAACGACGACUACGAGACGUACUACCACAACUACCAGGCCAACAACCAGAACGACACAAAGAAUCGUAACCACAACCAAGUGUCCUCUGUCGGCUCAAAAUCCUGAUGGAAGCUGCGGCUAUGACUACCCGAAGCCGGAUCAGUCGUUCACCCUGCCGAAUCGUGUCCCAACGACCACUACUACGCGACGGCCAACAACGACAACACGCAGCACUACGACGAUUACACGCAGAACCACGCCGGCGCAAGAGUAUCUACCUCCGACGACUACAACGACCCGUCGUCCAACGACAACCACGACCCGGCCCACUACUACGACAACCCGUCGUACAACGACCACAACGAGACCUACAACCACAACCACCCGCAGAACGACAACACCACCGAGAGUAGUAACCACCACUACAAAGUGUCCACCGUCGGCACAGAAUCCGGACGGUAGCUGCGGAUACGACUACCCGAAACCGGACCAAUCCUUCACACUGCCAAACCGAGUGUCCACCACUACAACGCGCCGACCAACGACGACCACUCGUCGGACCACUCCAGCACAGGAAUAUUUGCCACCGACCACUACGAGGCCAACUACAACCACUACGAGGCGAACGACUACCACAACGCGCCGUACAACGACAACUACACGGCCAACAACAACGACAACACGAAGAACCACACCGGCUAUCGAGUAUCUACCGCCAACGACAACAACAACGCGCCGCACAACAACGACGACGCGUCCGACAACUACGACGACACGCCGCACAACCACCACCACGACACGACCAACAACGCGAACGACUCCACGCGUCGUGACCACGACCAAGUGCCCACUGUCCGAGCAGAAUCCGGACGGAAGCUGUGGCUACGACUACCCGAAGCCGGAUCAAUCGUUCACCAUUCCGGAUCGUGUCCGUACGACCACCACCCAGCGACCAACGACGACAACACGUCGUCCUACGACCACCACGCGCACGACGACAACAACACGUCGAACGACACCGCCACUGGAGUACCUUCCACCAACAACCACCACGAGAGUAAGAAUGGCAUUUUCACGGCUCUUGUUUUCUUCCUGCAUCCUUCGAUUAACACAAUUCACACAACUAUUCUUGCAGCGAACGACAACGCGCCCACCGACAACGACGACGACAACUCCAAGGCCUACUACCACCACCACUAGACCAACGACCACGACCAAGGGUUGUAGCGAGGCGGAGCUAAACCCGGACGGUACCUGCGGGUACGAUUAUCCGAAACCGCCUAACCCACUGACACUGCCGCCAAAGAUUCCGACCACGACCGUGCGGACAACGCCCGCGCCCGAGUAUCUGCCACCGGAUGAAACGACCGGCUACUCGUACCCGAAGCCAGCCAUACCGUUUAACUUCUAGGGAGAGCGGUUUGCUCCUCUUUCCUCUGAACAAGAAUUUUCAUUGCUAGCUUCUCUCCCCUUUUAAGAUGAUUCCCUACGCUUCCUCUGUGUGUGUUUGUCCUGCAUUGUUUCGUAUGUGCUGUGUACAUCGUCAUCCUCUUCAUGAUCACCAUUACCAUCAUUCUAUUAUCGGUGACGUCGGUUAGAGCGUGCGCUUUAUUUUCUUACUAUUACCAUACUGCCCUAAAUGCCCAACUGUCUGACGGUUCAUUUUAGUUUAGUUCUAAGGCAUUAGCUAGUAGCAUUAUCGUCCAGUGUGCUAGAGAAAGCAAAUCUAAAAGCCUCCACCCGGUUUUCUGUUUCUUUCGGUUGGAUUCUUCACCUCCCUUUCUCUCGUUCAGGUCGACGAUUAAGUGUAAGGUUACUCGGUAAACGUUUGAAAUCGAUAAAACAAACCAACAAAUCUGUAUCGCAACAAUACUCACCCACAAACGGCGACUCGAUAGUUUUUUUUUUGUAGUCAAAGCAGAAGUUUGUCCCCGUGUUAACGAAAGAGAGGGAGAAAGGCCAGUUGUAGCUAGUAGAUGUGUUACUUUAAACGAAAAAUGUGUUGUGUUCGAUAUCGUGCAGAAUAUGAAGGAGUGUGUGUGUGUAUGUGUGUUUAUGAAACCAGAAAAGAUAGCAAUGAGUAGCGGAAAUAAAAAGAAAAUCCCACAGAUGAAAAUGUGAAUAAUUUAAA